UCUUUACCCAAAAAGUGACAUCUGGUUGAAGUUUUGGAAGUAAGCACGGGCUAGUGUUGUUGUGCACAAAAUGAAGAUGGCGCUGCUUUUGCUGAUGUCGCUAGUGGCUGUUUCAAGUGGUUUGAAGACACACCGAGAGAUGGCGCUUAUUAACGUUACGCGUUUCGCAGCUGGAGAUUUCUUUUCUUUAGGCGGCACAGAGUGCGGCGUGACUCGCUGUGUAGAGGUGUCUCAUGGGACCGCGUUGGGCACACUCGGCGCGGGCUGCGCCUGCCAGUGCGACCACGACACACCCUCCUUCAGGGAAGACCAGAGGAACUGCGUUAAUAAGAUUGUUGAAUGUCCAAUGGCCAAAUUCGGUCGUGGAUCGGACCGGCCGCAGAUCCCGUUCGUGUACCUGCCACUCAAGGGACAGAUCAUCUACCCCUCCAAGGAAAUCAUUUUCACUGACGUGGAGGACGCGAUCUGCGCAGUGACGAGCGCCCAGUAUCUGUCGCCGUCGGGCUGGGUGACGCUCCGGGACCUGGUGGACAACGACGUGCCCUUCGGCCUCUACAGGGACGAGGGCAGCACUUACUUGCAGUGGCGUGGAUCAUCAGCUCUUCAUUCGCGACUGGAGGGGCGAUUGGUGGCUGUUCACGUGCUCUGCUCAGCGCCCAAAGCCGCCUACAUCGCCACCUCCUGCGCAGCCUUCCGUAUCGCUGGAUCUUCACGCAAUGACGUCAGAUCAAUUCCCUUUCAUGCGGGAGAGACGGUCACAACAGAACCUGCGACCAGGAGUCAGGGGCUAAGCGUAUUGGAGUCCCUGGCCAUCGGAGUAUGUGUCGUAAUGUUGGUCUUCGUGUAUGCUGCUGGCAUCAUCCUAUACGUCCACUACAAGAGACGGCAGAAACGCAACUUCAAGGAUCCAGAGUCGAAUCUAUCCAAUACCAUGUCUACGGAAAAUAAUUCGUCUUUUGAUUCUAGAAUGAAUAUUGGGAGUAUGAGAGUAAAAAACAAUCCCCUACUUAAUAUGGACGCAAGAAAUGAUUUUGACGCUGGUCUCUCUGAUGUUAGUGAACAAACGGAGGAUACUAUAGACUCUUCUAAAAUGUCACAUAAGUUUCAGAACCCAAACGCAAAUAUUGUCGCAGCAAUGGUACACACAAGAAGGAAAAGGCAAGAGAGAAUCCGCAUUUGUUCAACACCAGACCGCCUUACAGAGCGGCUACAGAGAAGAUCUUCUUCGCCUGAAAUAGAAAAGGCUCCACAUUCAGAUGUCUCGAUCCUAGAUUGCAGUUUGUACGAGAAGGCGAUAGAGAGCAUACCACCAACCCCAACUGGUGAACCCAGAAGAAAACUGUAUUUUAAUCCAGUAUUCUUUGAAAUUGAGAAUUUAAAGAAUCCACCACCAGCAGCUAUAGAAUUUUUAAUGAAGCUAAGAGAAGUUAUGAUGAUAGCAAAAGAGAAAAUGAAUUCAAAGAGAUUUGUUCCUGUUUUAUCGGAUAUACCUGAAGAGGAACUUUACCAUUCAAUUGAUCUUGGUUGGGAUCUAUCGUGUGUCAGACACGCAAGAAGGUUUAGUGUGAUAAGCCUAAAACGUGAAAACAGCCGUCGAGCGGUACAUUGUGGUGGAUGCCCUGGUUGUGACAGUAGCGCGAAAUCACCAAAACCUAAUGGUCUAGCCAGAUCUAAUUCAUGUAAAACAUGUGUGAGUGAUGAAUACAAACAAAAAAUAGUUCAAAAAUGGUUGGACGAAGUUCCAAUAUCAAACUCUAAGAAACCUGUAAAAUCGGUUGCCAAAGUAAGUGGCACACCACGUGUAACAGAAUCAAAGGACAAACAAGAAUCAAAAAUUAUCUCAAUAGAUCCAAUCACUAGAGAAGAUGAUUUGAUGGUAGCUGAAUCAAUAAUUCAAGAAUAUUGCAAUGAAACUAGAACCAAAGAGAUCAACAUUGAAGAAGAUGGCAAAAAUAUGUCCAAUGAUAAAAUAAUAAUGCAAACAAAAGAUGAUAAUAAAGUAAUGGAGCAUGACGUCUUGAAUUCAAAAGAUCGGAAACCAUUAAAUCAUGCUACGCGAGUGGUAAGAAAAAGAAUGCCGCCGCCUCCGCAAACCCCACCUCCACCGCCACCACCAAUAACCAAUAAUUUGUCAUUGAGUACUAGUACUGAAGACCUAGAAUCUGAACCAGUUUCAUUAGAAGUCAAACAAAAGAUGGAAGCGGUUAUCCAAGAACUAAACCAAUGUAAACGUACUGACGGAGAAGAGUUUUAUGUAAAUAACAAUAUCACUACGUCACUAACUACACCGAAGCUUAUAAUAUCUGUUGCUGGGUCGGAGCCACACUCAUUAAACGAUGUGUUUAAUUAUCGUCACCGAAAUACACUAUAUGAGAACCAAGAAAUGUUUGAUAGCUUGGAAAAGAGUCACAUAAAAACAAGAAGAUUUUCUUUGGGGUAUUCUCCUGAUCUUUAUAAUAGAGAUGACUGUGACAAUCAUAUUUCCAAUAUAAAAAUUUCACGGGAACGGUUUAUGCGCAGUUGGCAAGAUAUAAAAGGACUGUCGGAUAAUUUGAUAUACAACCAGCAUUAUCAUCAUCAUCACCACCACUCAUCGUAUCAACAUUUAUCUACAAAAUCAAAUGAGAAUCUCAGUUACAGUAAUGAUUACUACAGCAAUUCAAGUGAGGCUUUGUUCGUGGAAAAACCGGGAUCCUUGACUAUUAAAGUAACAGGUUCCCCUCAGUGCACUAGACAAAGUGACGUUGAAGAUUUUGAUCCUGACACACUAGACAGAAAACCAAAAAGGUGUACAACAAGUUGUGAGCAGAAGAGGUCGAUAGAAAAGAUUUUGUUGAAAUCUGGUGGUAGCUUUAAACAAAAAUUCAACAACAACCAAAACAAUAAUAACAACCAAAAUUACAACUGUAGUCCUCCGAAGGAAGCUUUCACACGUAAAAUUGGAAGUCUUAGACAAAUAUACGAAGCUAGGAAUAAGCUGCAAGAGAACAAUAAAGAGUUUCGUCUUUUCAACGAAAGAAGAGCGAGUGUUCCCAACGGAAGCCCAGAACUCGCGACUUACAUAAACAAAUUAGAUGAUUCUUACAAACUAGAUGAUCCCAAACCACCGCUACCUCCAAAACAAAAACGAAAUGGAGAAACCCCACGAAGUAGUCCAAACAACGAUCGAGUACGAACAUCAGAAGAAAGAGAUAGAUUCUCAGCGUAUUCUAGAAGCGAAACAAGUACUCGACGAUCCGGUAGACGAUCAAACCGAAACAGACCAAGAAGAACUGACAUGAAGAGGCUAUGUAGAACUGAAGACUCAGGUUACUUAAGCACAGACUCCAAUGAUUCCAAACGUCAAACGCGAUACAUGUUUCAAGUGAAGCCAAAAUUCGUACCACAGUUGGAACCAGUACCAAAACAGCUGCCUCCUUUACUUAUAGAAUCUGAUACAGAUGACUUUGAAUCUCUAUGCGAUGGUGUUAGCGAGUCGGGAGGCGAAAGCGUGGAAACAGACUCAGUUUUCUUUGGAAAUUUUGACGAUUCUAAGAAACUGUUAGAGGAAUUGAGGAUAGAGGAGUAUAGUGAUAAGGUAAAUGGUCUAGUGGCUCGGGAUAUUAUAUUAAGUGGUGAUAGUGAUUCCGAACAUAGAAGUGUUAUAUCUAUCGUGGCUGGUCGCGAUGGUCGCGCGUCUUCGGCGUCCAUAACUAACUUGGACGAUUCACCAUACGUACAAUCCGUGGAGUGCUGA